GAUGUCAUUAGGAGCUGGUAGUGGUUAUAUAAAGGCCAAUGAGAUCAGACCAGAGAGAAGAACAGACAAGGGGAAUCUCCAGAGCACUGUUCCACAGACAAGGAGACAGCACAUUCACUAGGAUGGUUCCAAGAAAGGUGGUGGUAACUCUUCUGCUCCUCUACAUGGUAGCCAUGCUGGCUAAACAGAGUGAAGGGUAUCUUGCCUUCUACACUCCUGAUGACUUCAGAAAAAUGCAGGAGAAAGAGAGGAACCGAGCACAGAAGAAAUCUCUGACUUUGCAGCAGCAAUCAGACACAGGAGAUUUUCCUGAGCUUUCAGAAGAUGAAGGACAGAUCAUCAAGCUGAUUGCUCCAGUAGAAAUAGGAAUACAUCUGUCCAAACAGCUGGAAAAAUAUCAAGAUGUCCUGAAGGAACUCCUAACAGAGAUGUUACCCGAUACUCAGAAUGUUAAUUAAUGUUCUCGGAAUUAGAAGACAAGAGUGAAAGACUAAACUGCAAAUUUGCAAGAUUCCACUUAACAGAAAGGGUGUCAGGAG